AUGCCCGCCGGCCGUCUGCACCGUCACGCCCACCGGCUGGCCACCGCCCUCGGCUCCGCCCUGGCCGCCCGCCCGCCUCUGCCCCGCCGUAUGACCCCCGCGCCCGAGAUCCACGCCGCCUGGCCACCUCCAUCCUGCCGCAUGCCUCUACCCACUCCGCCCGCGCCGCCUCCACCCACUCUGUCCGCACCGCCCGCUCCGCCCAUGCUGCUCCGUCUCCUCCGUCCGCUCCGCUGCUCCACCUCCAUGCCCGCCGUGCCGCUCAGCCUCUACCCGCUCCACUGGCGCCGCUCCACCUGCGCCCGCUGCGUCGCCCGCUUCGCUUCCGCGCCGCCUGCCGCGGCCUCGUCUCCUAUCACACCCGGUUUCUGA